AAUAAAAAACUUUUAACCUGGUAACCACAGUUUACAACCGUAACAACUACUAUUACUACUAAUAAUAAAUAUAAUCGUCGUCAGGACGCAGAGUGUUUUAGACGUUUACACCUUUGAGGUGACAGAUAAAGCCAAAGCUAAAGCUAAAGCCAAAGCCAAUUUUUAUUUUAAAACCUAGCAAUAAACUGUAAAAUGUCAAUCUUUUAAUGGGCAGUUCAGCAGCUUAACAACUUAAACAUUGAGCUUUACUACUUCUUGUACUUCUUAUAAUAAUAGUAAUAACUUAAAAAUGGAAAAAGGUGGCAUUUUUGUUUGCCAUUCAAGGUUUAUUCUAGUUAGCCAUCUAGCUAGCUACAGUAUAGGUGCUAUGUGUCGGUCUAUGGAGAGCAGAUAUGCAUGUAGCAGACUUCAUUGCCGGCUCUGUUGGAGGAGCUUUUGGGGUGGCAGUGGGCUAUCCUCUGGACACAGUUAAGGUUAGGAUACAGACACAGAGGAAAUUCGUUGGGGUUUGGCAGUGCAUUCACACAACCUGCAGAAAUGAAGGGGUGUAUGGCUUUUAUAAAGGCAUGUCGAUGCCCAUGACUACAGUGUCCAUCAGCUCUUCUGUGGUGUUCGGCACAUAUAGGAAUGCGCUUCAGGUGUUGCACCGCCUGAGGGGUAAAAGAGCAGAUGCCCCCAGUCCCAAACAUGAUAUCUUUCUAGCAGGCUUUGCUGGGGGGAUUGCUCAGGUUUCAGUAAUGUCCCCAGCGGACAUUGUGAAAGUACGUCUUCAGUGUCAGACCCAACUAUAUCAGGGAUCUGACUUCAAAUCUAGGCCUAAAUAUCGUGGGCCUGUACACUGUCUUUUAACCAUUGCUCGUGAGGAAGGAGUGCUGGGCCUUUACAAGGGAGCUGGAGCCUUGGCGCUAAGAGACGGUCCAUCUUUCGCCACAUACUUCCUUGUCUACAACACUGUCUGUGAUCGCCUAUCUUUGGACAACAAUGCUCAGCCUGAAUGGAAGGUGGUGAUGCUCGCUGGAGGAUUAGCAGGGAUGUGUGCCUGGAGCGUUGGGACCCCCAUGGACGUUAUAAAGGCUCGCUUACAGACUGACGGUGUGGGCAAGAGGCGCUACAGAGGCUUUUUCCACUGCAUAACCGAAAGUGUCCGAACUGAGGGAACCGGCGUUCUUUUUAAAGGCCUCGUGCUGAAUUGUGUCCGCGCCUUUCCGGUCAACAUGGCAGUUUUUGCCAUGUACGAGCUAACCAUCCGCUUUCUACAAAAAAAAUUGUAGUUUGUUUCUACAUAUCACAUGACACGUAUUAUUAUGUAGAAAAAGCAAUGUCAUGCCAUGGGUGAGGAUUUCAGGAAAAUCAUUCCUGCGUGAAAAAUCUGGUAUGAUGCUGAGGUUUAUUUCUAAUCUUAUUUGCAUUGAAUUGCAGUGACUACCUCUACUGAAAUUUUAUUCAUAUAUUUAUAUUUGUAUUUAUUACAUGUUGUGAUCAUUUCCUGGUAAAACUAACACUGCUGCUUCAUAUUGCACAUUGUAUUACAUAUCAUAUCAUGGAAUUAUUAAUUUAUUCAUUUAAACACACCUCAUGUCAGCUGAAUAGUGAUAUGUUCUUUUGUUAAAUGGGAUCAUUCUUGUUGUUUUAACACCUACGUCUGACGGAUACUACAAAACGUAACCAGAACAACCACUUUUGUCUUGGAAAUAUAAGACUGAUCACGGUGUGUAUGGGGAGCUCAUGAGAACAUCAAAGACACCAGAUGAUGAACAAGUAACUGCAACUUCACUCUAUUCAGACACUUGGCAGAAGAUUCCAGCAAUCAGGAUAAAGGACAAAUGUUUGCCCUUUAUGUGAUUUAGUAAGAAAUGAAAAUCACA